UGUGCAACAUGCUCUAGUUCAGAAAAGUGUGACACGUGUGACAUCGGAUACUGGUUAACAGAGAACAAAUUCUGUUCUCUAUGUCCUUCUAAUUGUAAACAAUGUACAAACACUACACACUGUACAAACUGCAAGACACAAUUCUGGGACAUACGGCCAAACUUUGCAUGUACCUUUCCUUGUCGCGAAACCUGUUCACCAAGCGGAUGCAAUGAUACAACAGGGUACUGCUAUGGAUAUCAUCCAGGUUUUUACGGGCCUUAUUGUGACCAGAGCUGUAACCUGUGUCUUAAUGAAUUGUGCAACAGUCAGAAAUGUACAAAUGGAUGCAUUGAUGGAUAUUAUAAGAGCAAAGUCGAUGGCUAUAAAUGCCGUAAAUGUACUAAAAAUUGCACGUUAUGUCAAAGUCAGACAAACUGUAGAAAAUGCGAAAAGGGUUUCUUUUUAUUUAGCUACGAUAAUUAUUAUACUUCAUUUUGUUCACGACGUAAUUCGGAAUGCGAAGAAUGUAUCAGCUACGUCGAAUGUAUUUGCAAUCCGGGAACAUACGGACCUGCUUGCAGUAAAGACUGUAAUAUAUCAAACUGCAAAAGAUGCAUUGAAAAUUCCAGUAAUGUACACUGUUCAGAAUGUAUGAGCGGAUACACACUUGAGAAUGGAUAUUGCAUUGCCUGUUCACAAUAUUGUUCUAGUGGUUGUGAUAGCGAUCAGAAUUGUUUAGGUGACUGCAAAGAUGGCUGGACAGGUCUGAGGUGCACGGAACAGUGUAUUAGCAAAUGCAGAAAAUGCGACCGAUAUGAUGGGAGGAGAUGUGAAAUAUGCGAUGGAGAUUUCUAUACAACAACGUGUACUGUACCUUGUAGUUCACAUUGCUUGACUGUGUCAGAAUCGGUGAAAUGUAACAUAAAUAAUGGCACGUGUUUAAACGGUUGUGAAAAUGGUUACUGGGGAUACAAUUGUGACACACCAUGUCAUGAAGGUUGUUUGUCUGAAACAUGUAAGCAGUCAGAUGGGUUAUGUGACAUAUGUAAUUGUGCGUAUUAUGGGGAUGCUUGUCAGAAAAAAAUGUAGUGAACAUUGUGUUGACAAUCAUGUCUCAUCUACAAUUUGUUAUAAAAAGAACGGGACAUGUGUGCAUGGAUGUAAAGAUGGAUACGGAGGUGAUACCUGUGAAGACGAGCUCUCAUAUAGUACUACAAUGUCCUCAACAGAAUCUACCUAUCCUUCAACAUCCAAGAAUCAAAUAACUGGGAUCACCGAGCAAGUUCAAGAAAAGGACCAGCAAAGUGUUAUGAUAGCUAUUGGUGCUGGAACGGGUGGAGGAGUCCUACUCUUAAUCAUUUUAGUGGCUGGUAUCGUGUGCAUAAUGAAAAGAAAGCUAAAAUCAAAUAGCAACCCGAAUGCCAGGGAGGAAAGAGCAUACGUAAAUACUGCCAUAGAGAUGCAAGCUGUUGCCUGUACAGAGAUAGAAGGCGGUAUUGGAAAUGUAGGAUAUAACCAAACAGUAGAUGCAACAUCCCAAAGUGUGUACGAAAGUUUAGACAAUGGAACAGUCGAUGACCAACAUCAAUAUAGUGGACUGGAAAGACAUGCAGAUCAGCAUGAUAGUGGAUAUGUAAAUAUAUGAAGUUGCUUAGACGAUAACAAUACUUAAACAGCUAUAUUAGCUCUAAAUUAUGUACCUCCAAAGUGUUAUUUCAUUAAGGAGUCAUAGCUCUAUGUUGGAAGUAUUCUUUCAAGAGCGGGUUGUACGUGAUGCUAAAAUGCACACAAUUACUAAUGGGUAAACAAUGUCCUGAAAUAUUUACUAAAUACGAAUUACAUGUAUUUUAGUAAAAAUACGAAUUACAUGUAAAUAUUAAAAUGAUUUACCACUAAAUAUGUGGAGCGCCAAGCGAAGAAGUUACUUGUACUAUUUUUUCAAUCUUUGGUACGUCGCGGCUAGGGAUCGAACCAAGG